AACGCUGUCACGAUUCAUCUGUCCGAUAGAGGAAAUUAUGUGAUUUUCCAGGGACCUGUCCGCAAAUAUGUCUUCUCGUCUUUCCCCCUUCUCCUGUAGCGGCGAUCACCGCCUCACCGGCGAACGGGAAGAUGACGCGGGGGGUACCCUGGCCUUCGCCGUGGCAGAAGCUAGCGGCGGCGGCGGCGGCGGUGGCCGCCGCAACCGUCGAGAUGUGGGCGCCGCCGUCACCGGGCUUUCCGCUCUCGUGCGCUCAAUCUCCGGUGCUGCACGUGAGCUGUUCGAUGUAAUGGCCGUGUGAUGCGCCGACAAGCACCGUCGCCGGAGGUCACCUCCUCCUCCUCUUUCUGAUGGAAUAUUCGCCAUCGCGCCUGUCUAGAAGAAGCAGGAUGAUGAAGAGAGUCUGAUGAAAUGUGUAAAGUUGCAAGCUCUCUUCACCUUUAGCUCCUUCACUUGUCUCGGAGAAAUACGUUAACCAAUUUACAAUAUAAAGGAGCAACAUGGCUAUGGAUACCAUCCACUUCGGUCUUUAUUAAUGAUCCAUCUUUAUCUCCAGCAAGUUCCUUUGAUCCAAGCAUAAGGUGCAUUUAAAAAAAAAUCAGCAACACUGCAGAUUUGAUAUACAAGAAUUGGAUUGGUACAGAAGAUCGAUCUUUGAUUAUUACAACUAUACUUCACUGAAAUACUGAAGUCAAACCGCACAAAGAGAAAUGGCAGAAAUUAUCGUUCUUUUUGUCAUAAAAAAGAUAGGAAUAGCUGUGGCAGGUGAAACACUGAAGCUAGCUAAACCCUUGCUUGCAAACAAAACCGAGUUAAAGAAAGCUGAGCUAGUAACAGCACUUCCAGUUAACAUGAAACUGAUAAAAGAUGAACUUGAGGUUAUCAAUGCAUUUCUGAAGGAACUUGGCAUGAAUGGAUGCAAAGGUGAAGUUGUAGAAACUUGGGUAAGGCAAGUACGGAGGUUGGCGCAUGAUAUGGAAGAUGUUGUGGAUGAGUUUAUGUAUGUUAUUGGCAAAAACAAAGAGAGAGAGUCACGAGCUUAUGUGAAGAAAAUUAUCAAGAAACCUAAACCUUUAUUUUCACUUGAUGAAAUUGCUACUAAAGCAGAUAGGAUAAACAGACAGCUUAUGGAGCUUUCUAAAAGACUAGGACGUUGGACCCAACCGAUAUUGAGUGGGGGUAGUAUUCCUGCAACAAAAUAUGACACUGAACAACAACAGUUGUAUCUACCUGGACAUGAUUAUUCAAUUACUGAUGCUGAGCUUGUAGGAAUUGAUAAAAAUAGACAAACCUUGAUUGAAUCAUUGUGUUUGGAAGAUUGUUCUCUUCGGAUCAUUGCUGUCUGGGGCAUGGGUGGCCUUGGGAAAAGCACUCUUGUCAACAAUGUCUACAAAAAAGAAGCAACAGUAUCCAAUUUCAAUUACCGUGCAUGGCUUUCUAUCUCUCAGUCAUGUAGAGUACUUGAUAUUUGGCGAAACAUGCUGAAAGAGCUCUGUGGAAAAGAAAGCAGAGAGUUUGAUGCUGAAAAUAUGAGCAGUACAGAACUAAAAGUGGAAUUAACUAAAAUUCUGGAUCAAAAGCGGUACUUGAUCAUAUUGGAUGAUGUCUGGUUGGCUACAGAUUUUUUAAAGAUUAGAGAGGUUCUUGUUGAUAAUGGCCUAGGAAGCAGAGUAAUAAUCACAACAAGAAUUGAGGAAGUUGCUUCCAUAGCUGAGAAUGGUUGUAAGAUCAGUUUAGAGCCUCUAGAUAACCAUGAUGCAUGGCUUCUCUUCUGUAGGAAAGCAUUUCCAAAAAUUGAAGAUCAUAUAUGCCCUCCAGAAUUAGAGCAGUGUGGUAUGGACAUUAUCGAUAAAUGUGACGGUUUGCCUUUAGCUCUUGUGGCAAUAGGGAGUUUAUUGUCCUUCAAAUCAAAGAAUAAUAAAGAUUGGAGGCUUUUCUACAAUCAACUUAUUUCAGAGGUACACAAUAAUGAGAACUUAAACCGGGUGGAGAAAAUUCUAAAUCUAAGCUACAAGCACCUGCCAAACCAUCUGAAGUAUUGUUUCUUAUAUUGUGCUAUGUUCCCAGAAGAUUAUCUGAUUCACAGAAAGAGAUUAAUUAGACUGUGGAUCAGUGAAGGAUUUAUAGAACAAAAAGGAGCAUGCAGCUUAGAAGAUGUCGCUGAAGGUUACCUAGCAGAGCUUGUCCAACGAAGCAUGCUUCAAGUUGUAGCAUGUAACAGUUUUGAUAGGGUUCAGUGUCUUCGAAUGCAUGACAUUGUGCGUGAAUUAGCCAUUUUCCAAUUGAAGAAAGAAAGUUUCUGUACAAUUUAUGAUGACACUCAUGGAGUGGCACAAGUGGGAUUAGACUCUCGUCGUGUCUCGGUGCUUCGAUGCAACAAUGAUAUUAGAUCAAGCAUAGAUCCAUCCAGGCUUCACACCUUCAUAGCAUUUGACACCACCAUGGCAUUAUCUUCAUGGUCUUCUUUCAUUUUCUCAGAAUCUAAGUACCUUAAUGUAUUAGACUUGUCAGGCUUGCCUAUUGAGACUAUUCCAUAUUCAGUUGGGGAGCUGUUUAACCUUCGGUUUUUGUGUCUCAACGACACCAAUGUGAAGGAAUUCCCAAAAUCUGUUACGAAGCUUAGCAAUUUACAAACAUUGAGCCUUGAACGUACCCAGUUGUUGAAUUUCCCACGAGGGUUUUCAAAUCUAAAGAAAUUGCGCCAUCUGCUUGUUUGGAAGUUAGUAGAUGCUACAUACAAAAGUCUGAAUAACUGGGAAUCUAUGGAGCCAUUUGAGGGCUUGUGGGACUUGAAGGAAUUGCAUUAUUUGAAUGAGGUUCGUGCAACUAAAGCCUUUGUUUCAAAUCUAGGAAAUUUAUCCCAGCUGAGGAGCCUCUGCAUUACUUAUGUAAGGAGUAGUCACUGUGUGCAAUUGUGCAACUCUUUAUCAAAGAUGCAACAUCUCACAAGAUUAAACAUAAGAGCACGCAAUGAAGAUGAGCUGCUCUUGCUGGAUGAUUUCACAUUGUCAAACCCUCUCGAAAAGCUUGAACUGGUAGGCCAGUUGUCAGAAGGAACCUUGGAAUCUCCCUUUUUCUCUAUUCAUGGAUAUAAACUCCUGCAAAUUGAACUUUCAUGGUGUAAGCUCACAGUGAAUCCAGUGGCCCGCCUUGCAGAGUUCUCGGAUUUAACCGAGUUACGUCUUACAAGGGUGUACACUGGGCCUUGGCUGUACUUUCCUGCAAACUGGUUCCCGAAAUUAAAGAAAGCCGUCUUGUGGGAUUUGCAGCAAGUGAAGCAAAUAUUUAUACAGGAGGGAGCUCUGGCCAACCUGCAUUAUCUUCACAUCGAUAGCCUCAUGGAACUACGUGACAUCCCUGUCGGUAUUGAGUUUCUCAGUUCAGUGAAAGAGGCAUAUUUUACCAGGAUGCAUUCUGAUUUUGUAAGGAAUUUACGAACAGGAAAGAUAAGCCAUAUCCCGAAGGUCCACUGGUCAACACAAGGGGUGUCCACGGAUCUCACUGGACUUGCUAAUCUGCCUGGAGCAUCCAACAUGACCAACACAAACCCAGAAUGGCGCAUCUUAGGUGGAUCAGGCUGGGUUUUCAUCUAAUCCAAUUUGCGGAGCUAGGUUGCUGGUUCGACACUUCGACCUGACAACAGUGCAUAACCAUUUCCCUCUGCUGCAAUGUUUGUGUACACCUGGUUCACUGAAGUAAACACUGGAGCUGAAUCGGUGCUGCACUUCCACUCUGAUUUAGUAUUUGGAAGCAAAGCUUUCUGAGCAACUCAGAAACUUCUUUCUGCGACCACGCCUUGUUUCCUCCACUGGAUGGUAGCAUCAAGAAUUCCAGAUGAUUGUUGCAAGAAGAGAUCACGCUACCUGCUGCAUGCCGAUUUACAGGAAGAUAACUACUAAAUAGAAGAUUGAUACAUUCAGAAAAUUAUCGUGUUAUUAUCCCAUAUUUAGCAUUGCAAAUAACGUUCUCGCUCUUUUUUUUUUCGCUCCGACCAUUUUCUGGUCAAGAUGAUUAUGCGAGACGAAGUGUAGCGUCCGAAAUGGACUACCCAUAUUUGUAGAUGCAUCAGUCUAUCACCAUUCACUCACCAAAAUGAACUGAACCAUUUGGUGUUUAUCUGAAAUAAUUUACGUAGCUGGUCAUGUUUGGACUGUACGUCAAAUCAAAAUAUUACAAUGGCUGAUAUUUGCUUUCCUUUUCGUGUCA